UGAACCCAGGUCCAAUCCAUCCCCCGAAACUGUGUAACUUACUACGUAGCUACCUACUACGCCCCAAGCAGCUGUUGGUGAAGCUUGCAUUGAGUGCCUCCGCACGCCAUACCGCCAACCGCCUUAUCUCAAUGUAAAACCACCAAUCGUUGAUUCUCAUCGCCGCCUCUCCAACUCCAGAGUUGCGUCAUCUGCCGUGCGACUGCACCGAGUACAUGCACCGACGCACGCGGCAGCGGCAGCAGCAACAACAACAAGAACAACAACAACAACAUUUUCGUCACCAGCAGCAGCAGCAGCAGCACCCGCAGCAGCCCACCGCCCUCACGCGCCCAUAGCUCGCGUCCGUCCCGAAAGCCUCCAUCCUCGCAAUGGCGGCGUCAGUGGACGAGACGUCGCAGAGCGCGGGCCCCCCGGCGUCGGUCGAGGACCAGACGCUGCUCGUCUUUGCGCGCCUCAUGGAGGGCGGCCAGGAGGACGAGGAGACGUGCAGGGAGCUCGACCAGCUCACCAAGCUGCUCAACGACGACGCCAUCGCGCAGCAAAAGGAUAAGGGCCACAAGUCCAUAUGCAGCGUCAUCGACGGCGACUGCGUCGACACCGUGCUUUGUUAUCUCGACAUGAGGCAGCCGGACAUUGUGCGCGGUCACGCCACGCUCACGACAUCGGCAUAUCUCAAAGCCGCGGGCGAUGACGGCUCCAAGAAGCUCUCGGCCUUCUUCUUUGACCGCAUCAACCGUGGCACAUACGACGACUACAUUGUCGCCUUCUGUGUCGCCUCUGCCUCCUUCCCCAUCGUCCCGGAUCUCACGGCCCAGUUGUUCCUGAGCGAGGGUUUUCUCAGCUCUCUCGGCCCGCUCAUGCGGCGCGAGUGGAAGAGUCGCAAGGUCGAGACGGCAUGCCUUGAGAUGCUCAACGCCGCUUGCAUGAACCAUCUGUGCCGAGAGGCUGUCGAGAAGUACUGUGUCGAGUGGCUGGAGGAGGUGGUUGACCAAGACCCGACAGGAGCGACCAAGGCCUCUAUCGGUGAACCCAAGGUUCAAGGCGAGGGUGGCUCCAUAUCGAUGCGCAGACAUUCAGAGCAGGUGCAGCACCUGGCUGCAGUUAUCCUCGCCAAGCUGCGGGCGGUGCCGUCCAAGGCGGCCAAUGACCCCAACAAGCCUCGCAUCGAACCUGCAACCACAAGUAUCGAGGACCUGGCCUGCUUGUUCACUAAGAUGAUUCUACGGGAUGAGGACCACGGCAGACAACACUCUAUUGAGGGGCUCGCGUACGCCUCGCUCCAGCCCAAGGUCAAGGAGCAAAUUAUUGGGGAUCAGUCUCUACUCAAGAAGCUUGUGAAGACACUGACAGAGGCGCCGCCCCGUUCACCAACGACAUACGGUGCUCUGAGUAUAUUCGUCAACCUGACGCGUUACCGCCCGGCACUCUCAGAGGAAGAGAAGAAGAUGAGUCAACUAAAGGCCUAUGCCAACGCUGCAGGAAAGCUGCCUGGACCAGACCCCCUAGAUGAUGAGGAACACGUUGGCAAGCGAUGCCAAGCAGUAUUCGACGUUGGACUUGUGCCUGUAUUGAUCACCCACAGCAAGAAUGGUUCGCCGGCCUCGAUGGGUCUCAUCGUGUCAAUCAUCCACGCCAUGGCGGUGACGAGAACCCUCCGAGGUCCGCUGGCCCAGCAGGGCGCGGUCAAACUACUCCUAGUCGCCUGGUCUACCAUCCGAGACACAGAAGACGCCGCUCGUCGCAUGGCAGCGCAGGCUCUAGCACGAAUCCUCAUCAGUACCAACCCUGCCUUGGUUUUCGGCGGCAAUCGAUCUAAUCCCGUCAACGCUGCGAUCCGGCCUCUUGUGUCUAUCGUCCCCCCGGACCCUGCCGCAGAAACCAGGGACCUGCUUCCUACAUUCGAAGCGCUAAUGGCCUUGACGAACCUUGCGUCCUUGGAGGACGAAGACACGCGUCGCAUCAUUAUCCAGACAGCAUGGCCUCACGUGGAGGAGCAGCUUCUGGCGUCAAACCAUCUCGUCUCGAAAGCAGCCGUCGAGCUGGUCUGCAACCUGGUUCAAGACCCGGAAGGAGCGGCCAUGUAUGCUGACGACAGCGCCAAAGCCCGAAAUCGUCUUCAUGUUCUGUUGGCCCUGGCGGAUGCGGAUGAUGAUGGCACUCGUAGCGCAGCCGGGGGAGCGCUGGCAUCUCUGACGGGCUAUGAGACGGUAGUCCGCGGCAUCAUACAUCGGGAGGGCGGCAUCAAGGUGAUCCUCACCAUGUGCAACGACCAAGACGAGGGGCUGCGGCACCGUGGCAUCGUUACCAUUCACAACGUGGCCCUGGCACCCGGCGAAACGGGCAAGUUGGCCCGAGCGAAAAUCGGUGAGGAGGGCGGCGUGGAGGCUCUCAAGGAAUGUCUCAAGCAGAGUAGGCGACCAGAAGUGGUACAAGCGACCGUGGAGGCUUUGAAGGCCGUGCUGGAACACGAAGCAUGACAGCAUGGAGGCAAACACGGCGCGAAAGUGGUGGAGCCAAUGCACGCACUGUUUUCAGGGAGGCGACUGGCUCCGGCGGCCCCGGAGAGCUUGUGGUUUGGGGAAUACGCAUAUGCACGGCCCGAGCGGCUGGGUAUCUGUAUUUAACUGGCGCUGAUAUCCUGAUGCGGUGUGUACUACAUGAAUCAUGAAUCCAUUUGUCCCACGG